AUGGCAGCCCAUCAGGAGAAAAAACCUUCUGAAGAAAGAAAACGCAAAAGCGCCCAAAAUGGGACUCAGACAUCUCAAGCCCAGUGGGGAAGAGCCUGGGAGGUGGACUGGUUUUCCUUGGCAAGCAUCCUUUUCCUGCUCAUGUUUGCACCACUUAUUGUUUAUUACUUCAUAAUGUCCUGUGACCAGUACCAGUGCUCUCUGACUGAUCCACUCAUUGACUUGCUCACGGGUAAUAAACAUCUGUCUGACAUCUGGAACAAGACUCCUGCACUGACCUAUAGAGCUACUGGUAUCUAUGCUCUUUGGGUCACUUUCCAGGUGUUUUUGUAUGUAUUCAUUCCUGACUUCUGCCAUAAGUUCCUUCCUGGAUAUGUAGGAGGUGUGCAAGAAGGUGCUGUCACCCCUGCUGGUGCAGUGAAUAAGUAUGAAAUCAAUGGACUUCAGGCUUGGAUCAUUACCCAUGUGCUUUGGUUUGCAAAUGCCUAUUACUUCCACUGGUUCUCACCCACCAUCAUUUUUGACAACUGGAUUCCUCUCCUGUGGUGUGCCAAUAUCCUGGGAUAUGCAGUUUCCACGUUUGCAAUGAUUAAAGGCUACUUUUUCCCCACCAAUGCCAAAGACUGCAAAUUCACUGGCAACUUCUUUUAUGACUACAUGAUGGGCAUUGAAUUUAACCCUCGAAUAGGAGAGUGGUUUGAUUUCAAGCUCUUCUUCAAUGGGCGUCCUGGUAUUGUAGCCUGGACUCUAAUUAACCUUUCCUAUGCUGCUAAACAACAGGAGCUGUAUGGCCAAGUAACCAACUCCAUGAUCCUUGUCAAUGUCCUUCAGGGUAUUUAUGUUUUGGACUUCUUUUGGAAUGAAGCCUGGUACUUGAAAACCAUUGAUAUCUGCCAUGAUCAUUUUGGAUGGUACUUGGGUUGGGGAGACUGUGUUUGGUUGCCUUACCUCUACACUUUGCAGGGUUUGUAUUUGGUGUACCACCCUGUCCACCUGUGCACGGCUAAUGCUGUAGGGGUCUUGAUGUUGGGCUUGAUUGGCUAUUACAUCUUCAGAACCACCAACCACCAGAAGGACCUUUUCCGUCGCACGAAUGGGAAUUGCAAGAUCUGGGGCAAGAAGCCUGAGUAUAUCGAGUGCUCCUACACGUCGGGGGAUGGCACCAAGUACCACAGCAAACUGAUGACCUCGGGGUUCUGGGGGUGGGCACGCCACUUCAACUACACGGGAGAUUUGAUGGGCUCCCUGGCCUAUUGCCUGGCUUGUGGGUUUGAGCACAUCUUGCCUUAUUUCUACAUCAUUUAUAUGACCAUUCUGCUCACCCACCGCUGCCUUCGGGAUGAGCACCGGUGUUCCAGCAAGUAUGGGAAGGACUGGAAGCGCUACACUGCUGCUGUGCCUUCCCGCCUCCUCCCGGGGGUGUUUUAA